CUCAGGUUUUUAUCUUGAGAUGCAAAGUAAUCUUUGUAAGAAUUGCUGCUCUGUAAGUUUCCUAGCAGAGGAAGGGGGGGUUAGAUAAUCUCUAAGCAGUUAAGAAAUAUUACAGGAAAGAAUGCAGAAAUGAGAAGCAGAAGAAACACUUUUUGAAUGUUCUGAAUUUUGUUUAGUAGUUUAAUUUGUGUUUAAGUGGGCUACUAACACAAACUGGGGCAUACCCAAAAGUGGGCAACUACUUUAAAGUAGUGAUUCCCUAUGCAUGGUUUGUAGCUUUAAAAACAACAACAUUAUGACAGAAAGAAGAAAGACCAUAGGAAUGUGGAGUCAGCCUGGUGAUUUCCUUACUUGUAACCAAGCAGGAGAACAUUAUGUUCUUCAGGUGCCUACAGUGUGAUGGUCAAGAAGAUGUGCUAGUCAGCCCUACCUAAAAGGUGUACUCACAUCAAUGCAUUCAAUAAGGCUUCCUUAAAGGAGAGAAAAAGAAAAAAAGCAGUGAAGAAGUCUUAGGUGGAAAGAAGGAAACCAUUGGUCAGGGACUGGAAGACUCCAUUCGGAAAUAUCCAUUGGGACAUCAAGGAAUUAACAGCAGGUGGAGCAGGAUGACAAUAGUGAAGGAGCUACUCCGGGCCAGGAACCUGCUCUUGGUUAUCCUAAUUCCACUCUUGAUGCUUCCUUUGCCACUCUUGUACCCCACUAGUGAAGCAUCAUGUGCAUAUGUGCUGAUUGUGACGGCUGUGUACUGGGUUUCAGAAGCAGUGCCACUUGGGGCAGCAGCUCUCGUUCCUGCUUUCCUCUAUCCACUGUUUGGAGUCAUGAAGUCCAGCGAGGUGGCUGGAGAAUACAUCAAGAACACCACUCUGCUCCUCAUUGGAGUAAUUUGCGUGGCAGCCUCGGUCGAAAAGUGGAACCUCCACAAACGGAUCGCCUUGCGCAUGGUGAUGAUGGCAGGAGCAAAACCUGGCAUGCUCCUCCUUUGCUUUAUGUGCUGUACCACUAUCUUGUCCAUGUGGCUUUCCAACACAUCUACUACAGCCAUGGUGAUGCCCAUUGUAGAAGCAGUGUUGCAGGAACUUGUGGAUGCUGAGGAGGAUCAGGAGGUGAAUGGUACCACAGGCAACACCAUCCUGGAAGAGAAAGAGACAAUAAGUCUCAGUGACAAAUGUGGGCAAGCAUCACUGGAGCUCAUUUUCAUCAACGAGGAUGCUACAACUGCUGACUUCAGCUCUCUGAUGCAUUCCAAGAAUAUGAAUGGUGUACAUAUGAUAGCCAACACAAUUGGAACAGUGACUUCCAAAACCAAUGGGCAGCAUCGGACCCAGGCACAGAUCCUUGUCCUGCCACCUCAGCCUCAGAAUUUGGACCUAAGAAGUAAACACCAGUACCCAUCCAAGCAUGAUCAUAUGGUCUGCAAGUGCCUCUCACUGAGUAUUUCCUACGCAGCAACCAUUGGGGGGCUCACAACCAUCAUAGGUACUUCCACUAACCUCAUCUUCCUGGAGUAUUUCAACAACCAUUACCCCAAUGCUGACGUGGUAAAUUUUGGAACCUGGUUUUUAUUCAGCUUACCCAUCUCCCUUAUCAUGUUGGUGCUAACUUGGUUCUGGAUGCACUGGCUUUUCCUGGGUUGCAAUUUUAAAGAGACUUGUUCAAUAAGUAAGAAGAAGAAGACCAAACGCGAAGAGAUGUCCGAGAAGAGAAUCCAAGAAGAAUACGAGAAACUAGGAAAUAUAAGUUAUCCUGAGAUGGUGACAGCAUUCUUUUUCAUCUUGAUGACUUUGCUCUGGUUUACAAGAGAGCCCGGAUUUGUACCAGGCUGGUCAUCUUUCUUUGAAAAGAAAGGAUACCGGACUGAUGCCACAGUCUCUGUUUUCCUUGGUUUUCUCCUCUUCAUGAUUCCAUCAAGGAAGCCAUGCUUUGGAAAGAAAAACAAAGGAGAUGUUACAAAUUCUACCGACAUUAACCCAGGGGAGCCAAUCAUCACCUGGAAAGACUUUGAGAAAACAAUGCCAUGGGAGAUUGUAGUCCUGGUGGGGGGAGGUUAUGCUUUAGCAGCUGGAUGCAAGACAUCAGGUCUUUCCACAUGGAUUGGGCGGCAAAUGUUAUCUCUGAGUAGCCUUCCUUCUUGGGCUGUCAGCCUGCUGGCCUGCCUCUUGGUUUCUGUAGUAACAGAGUUUGUUAGCAAUCCAGCCACCAUAACAAUCUUCUUGCCUAUUUUAUGCAGUAUGUCAGAAACCCUGCAAAUCAACCCUCUGUACACCCUGAUCCCUGUCACUAUGUGCAUCUCUUUUGCAGUGAUGUUACCAGUGGGCAAUCCCCCAAAUGCCAUUGUCUUCAAUUAUGGCCACUGUCGGAUAAAAGAUAUGAUUAAAGCUGGCUUUGGAGUCAAUCUGAUUGGUCUAGUAGUUGUGACACUGGCAAUAAAUACUUGGGGAAUUAAACUCUUCCAGCUAAAUAAGUUUCCAGAUUGGGCAAUAGUCGGCAACAACACUGGCCCACUGUAGGCAGAACCAUCAAGCUCUGCUAUAUUAUAGCAGAUGGAGCAAUACAUUUGCACAUAUAUUAAGAAAGGAAGACACUUGAGUAUAUAUUAUUCCAGUAACUAGAACUAAAUAAGAAAUAACUCUUAUCUGAGGUCCUCCCAAGGAUCAUCAUCUCUCUACCAUCCAGUGUUCUCCUGAUCUUUCAAGACUGCAAUAGAACAGAUUUGCUUCAGUUUCCCCCCCACUUUCUAGCCCUUUUACAUUACUUCCACAGAAAAACCAUUUUUCCUCUCUGUAGAAUAUUUAACUCAUCUUCCUUUUACUUAUAUGUAAUUCAUAGUAAUAUUCUUACACUUAAAGUUUGUUUUCAAGACUACUCCUGUAUAUUUGUGAGAGAGGGUGCAUUUGUGUGUGUAUGUGUGUGUACAUACAUUGUUUAAAAUGUAGAAAAUUGUAUAUGUAUAAUAUAAAUUGUAUAUUAGUUAUCUACUAAGGAGAAGGAACCAUUAGUUCAUUCAUUUGUUCUAAGGAAGAGGAAUGGCUGUAUCAUGGUCAUGUGUGUGUGUCAAGAUAAACACCCGUUCAGAUAGGAUCCUACUCCCUACAUAAAAUUGUACAAGUCAUGAAAUCAUAAAUGUUUCUAUUUUAAUUCUGAAAUUACAUUUUGUGUAUUUUUGAAGUCAUAUCCUAGUAUUUUGGGGGCUUCCAUUUAUAGACCCUAAUACACACCCCACCCAACCCCCAUUUUGGUUGAACAUAAGAUCCAGAGUGAACAAGACUAUUUUGUAACUUUUUGUUUGGUCCUAAUAAAGAUAUUA